AUGCUGUCCCGUCUCUUGUUGGCCCUGGCCUCAACUGCUGCCCUGGUGAGCAGCCAGAGCAUCGACCCUAGCACCGUGCCCAUCGCAACACGUCAGUACUGGUGCAACCAGCAAGAGUCCGUUUGCCCCCUUCUGUGUCUUCAGAUUUCCACGGGCAAGCCCGUCGCCAAUGACUGCGAUGCGAAAACCCUCGACUACCACUGCAUCUGCAGCAAUAACAUUACUCCCAAUGCUUCUCAGUACUCUGAAACCAUGCCAUACUUCAUCUGCACUGAAGCCAACAACCAGUGCGUCAACCGUUGCUCCGCAGCGGACAGCAGUUGUCAGUCUCUAUGCCGCACCCAGCACCCCUGCGGUGCCCAGAAUCCCAUCCGUGUCAACGUGACAACAACCGCCUCGACUUCGACUGCCUCAAUGACCGCCACUGGUAGCAACACUGCCACGGGCACCGGUACUAGCGGUGCCAGUGGUGCCGCUCAGUCCCACGAAGCCACCGGUGGAUCUGCCCGAGUCCAGCUGGGCGAGAUUAGCCAGAUCUACGGUCUGGGUGUUUUGGUCGCCGGUGUUGCUGCUGGGUUUGCGGGUUUGCUUUAA